AUGGACGAGGUUGAAGAUUUGUUCGCUGGCUUGGGAUCUAGUGCGGAGGUCGCUGCAAGCAUCAACAAUGGAAACUCCUCCUUACUGAGACUCGUAGAGCAGCUCGGCCCUCAAUUAACCAGUCAAGAUCCAUCUGUUCGAGCUGCUGGAGUUCGAUUCAUGGUCCAAGUCUUGACUAAUUUGACUCAAGUUUCCAAGUCUCAUGAUAUUGCGUCCAUGGGAAGUGACUUUGCUGUCGGCUAUAUGCGUGUCAUGGAUGGCGAAAAAGAUCCUCGUAAUCUGCUGAUUGCGUUUGAUGUAAUGAGACAGAUCUUACUGUAUGUGCCCGUGAGCCAGUCUCAUUAUGAGGAACUUUUUGAUUUGAUAUUUGCAUACUUUCCCAUCACAUACCGACCUCCGCCUGGUGAUCCAUUAAAUAUCAGUGCUGAGGAUUUGAAGUUGGGUUUACGGUCUUGCAUUACUGCUACAAGUGCAUUUGCCUUAUUCGCAAUAACCCAACUCAUGGACAAGAUGUCAACAACUACCGGAACUGGAAAGCGAGAUACAAUGCUGACGAUCGCAGCUUGUAUUCCUGUGUAUGGACCUGACUCUAUUGCGUCCCAUGCUCUGGAUCUGUCUACAGAACUGAAAACUGAAGUUUUUCAAGCAUCGGACGAUGCGCACCAACAUGAUGCUCUGACAUGUGUCACUGCAGUAGCCAAAGGAUUGUCAUUGGCAACUGCUACAUCAUCAAGCAACCCAUUAGAAAUCUUCAUCAAUCCAAUAGUAGACGAUGCAAAUACAAAUUUAAAGGAACCCGAGUCCAAGUUUGCAAAACAAUGUGGAAGUUUACUAGAAGCCGUAGCAUCUGGCUCAGAUUCGGCAUGUACAUAUGUAGUAAAUCGGAUAUGUUCUCAAGUCGUGGAUCAAUAUCGGACUGAAACGGUAUCAAGUCGACAAAAGCCAUUGUUGGAUGUUCUAGUGGGCUUUAUAAGGGCGCAUCGAUUGGUUUACGAGUCAAUUGUUACUUCAGACAGUGAUGCUUCCGAAGCCAUGGAAGUUGACGAAAUCUCAAGCCCUCUGAUGCCCCUCAAGUCCGCAUUCAUCGAAAUUUUUACAACGUGUGCUUUAGACUCUCAUUCAUCACUAGCUUUGAAACUUUCAGCCGUUUCUGGAAUGCAGCAGUUGUUAGAGAGUCCUCUUCUGAUUCGGCCCCAUGAGAACAUUUUGGUUCUAUGUCUAACUAAAGUGGUUGUGGCCCCUUCUUCUGAAGUGGAAUUACAACGGUGUGCGUUGCAAGUCCUUGUGACAGCCAGUCAUCGUAUUCCUCAGGUUGUUAUUGAGUUCUCGUUGAAUGAUCUGAUACGUGGUCUGUCAGGGCUGCCCAACAGUGGAUAUGAUCGAAUUCUGAAUGCCAUCACGGAAUUGGGUGAAGAGACAGAUCCGUUCCAGGUAGCUUUGGAUGGUGUUUUUGCUGUACUGUCUAGGAGUCUCGAUGAGAUGCCUACGGAACUUCUUCCAGCGCAUCUUGAAUACACUCAUGCAUUGACUCGAGCCACCGUUACAUUGAUCAAAACCCGUUCCCGAUUUCAGCUUAAAACUCCUUCAGCUUCGAAUACCAUUGCUCAGCUCGAAACGUCUCUACUGAUACCGAUUCUCAAUCGAUGUAUUCUAGCCUCACUAAGAGAUUCUCCAAGUUCAGCUGACGUGGUGUUGGCUGAUGUGACUAGUAUUGAGUUGUUUGCCAACAUUGCUGGAUGUAUAACGCGAGCCAUGGAUGUUUCCCAGCAAACAUCAUUGUUGGACCGUAUCCUGCCAUGCUUCCUUGAGGGAAGAUUGGAUGUUUUACUUGGACAUGAUGUUUCGGACGCUAAAUUUGCUCCAUUUGAGUCAACCUCUCCCGCGUCACAAACCAACUUGGCCAUUGUCUUCUCAUCCAUAAUUAGCAAUGCCAGACCAAGUGUGAAUCUCUCUGUUCCCUCGUUGCCAAUCUUUUUGAAUGAUCUAAUAAAUAGAGUCGUUGCCAGCACCAAUAUACAGUUUGUGCUAGCUAUAUCGAAGGCCGUGGCGUCAAUUGUCAACAAGUGGCGAGAUGUGUCUGCCAAGAACAACUUUGCCGAGAGCAUUUCAGGCAGAGUCGCAAUUUUGCAGAAUACCUCAAUUUCAUUGCCUCAACGACUUAAUUUCCUCACCAUGCAUGUUUGGAUUACGACUGCCCUAUUGAGGCUCUCCGCAUCGGCUGGCUAUGUAUUAGCUACGCAAUUGGUAUCAUUACUUGAGAAUGUCGAUCUGGGACAUGAAGUGGCCAACCAUUUUGAGACUUUUGUCAAGGAUGACGAUGAAGGAGUACUGACCAGAGAUUCCUUUGCUACUGUUCAGCUUUUGUACAAACAACGUCUGUUCAAUCAUUGUGUCCCACUGUUGGUGUCUGGCUUUCAUCAAACCUCAAGCGAUCAAUCAUAUAAAUACCUCAUUGCAUUAUUGCAUCUCAUUCAAAACACACCCAAGACAGUAUAUUUUGCUCAACUCCCACAAUUGAUGCCGUUAUUGCUACGUGCUUUGGCGAGUACAGACCCAGGGUUGAAGUUGACAACUUUGGGUAUCAUUGAGACACUCACUAUUGAUGCACCAAAUAUUCUCGUACAACACAUAUCGUCGCUGAUACCACUCCUGUACGACUUAUGUCGACCUGAGCGUGCUGGCAAUCCUCCAAAGGUACGACUGGCAGGAGUGAGAUGUCUAGGAUUGCUUCCAGGAGCGCUCAAAUAUGAAGCUCUGCAUCCAUUCAAGACCCAAGUUCAACAAGAGGUUGGCAAGUUUUUGGAUGAUGGGAAAAGGAUCGUACGCAAAGAGGCCGCCAACACUAGGAAUAAGUGGUUUUUAAUGUUGGGAACCAAGACUGGUUGA